AUGGAAAAGAACAUCUCAACAACAAACCGCAAGGCUCGUACAUCCAGAGUGAUCGACGGCCCCGAAGGUCUGCAUGGCGAUCCGGAAGACAGAUUCGAACGCCGCCAGACUGGUAAUUUCCAAAUCGUCGAUGACGGUGAAACCGGUGGGUCGCGCAUGUCGCAGCUUCAGUUCGGCAACCAUGAAUCAAUGACCCUGGACGACAUUCCAAGGAUUGUCCAAGCACAGCAAACGAGAGAGCAGAGACCCAACGCUUCCAAGUUCCAUCGUGGUCCCAUGAUACCUCAGGAACCAAGACCGAAGCUCGUCAACAAUGGCCAUACACGACACGUCUCGCUCGGUAACGACGACAAGCCAGCUCUCAUGGAGGGUGGUGCGUUCAAGACGAAGAAGUAUUUCUCCGAACUGUCAGCACUUGAAUAUUUCAUCGUUCGUCACGUAGCCGUACUUUCAAUGGAGCCUCUUCUUGAGGGCCAUUUCAACCAGGAAGAGUUGCUUGACCUCAUUGAGACGAAGAGACCCACAUUCUGGGGUAAAUUUGGGAAGGCUUUCAAGCCUGAGACAGGCAAGAAACCCAAAGGCAACAAGCGGGGCAUCUUUGGUGUGUCUCUUGAGCAGCUGGUAGAAAAAGACUACGCGGAAUCAACAGAUGGCAUUGGGCCGGGUGCCUUGCGCAUCCCCGUUCUUAUCCAGGACGCGAUAUCGGCAAUGCGGACAAUGGACAUGUCUGUCGAGNGGGUUUUCCGCAAGAACGGUAACAUCAAGAGACUCAACGACGUCAAAGAAGAGAUCGACUCCAAGGAGAUGGUCGACGUUGAUCUUACGAAAGAAAAUCCGGUUCAAGUCGCCGCACUUCUCAAGAAGUUCCUACGAGAGCUGCCGGAUCCUCUUAUGACAUUCAAGCUGCAUAAGUUGUGGAUAACGUCACAAAGUAAGUUUUUUACUUUGUAA